AUGCCCAAGAAGCUUCGCUGCAACGCCAAGGAGUGCCGAGAGCCUGCUCAGCGCAUCGUCGGCGACUGCACCUUUUGCAACGGCCACUUCUGCGGGAAGCACCGCCUGUUGGAGGACCACAAGUGCAGCGGCCUGGAAGACUGCAAGAAGCAGUCCCACGCGCGCAACGCUGCCCAGCUGGAGGCCGAGCGGACCCAGGUCAUCCGCGGCGUCUAA